AUCGUAUUCGACUCUUAAAAAUUAACAUAAAUAAUAAUUAUUUUGCUUUACCAAUAAACGUUGUAAGAAGUUUUAUCCCAUCACUAAUCAUUUGCUAUUUUAUAACAAAUGGAAGGGAAAACGUAAUGUUCAGGGAUAGGUAUUUCAAUACUUAGUUGCAGAGAAAAUCUACAAUGAAAAUGAAAUCAAUAUUUGUGAGAAAAUCAAAAAUUAUUCGCAAAAGCGUUGCACGGUCAAUACUAUGAAAAAUGUAUUCCCUGUACUCGUGUGGUUACCCAAAUAUAAUUCAAAGUUCCUGAUGUCAGAUUUUGUAGCGGGCUUGACAGUAGGUUUAACUGCUAUACCGCAAGCUAUUGCUUAUGCUACGGUAGCUGGACUGUUACCACAAUAUGGAUUGUAUUCGGCAUUUAUGGGCUGCUUUGUAUAUAUAAUCUUUGGAACUUGUAAAGAUAUAACGGUCGGUCCCACUGCCAUUACCGCUUUGAUG